CACCAAGUGGCCGAGAAAUUUCCUAGCGACAAGGACCUUUUUCCCCUGGUCCGAUAGUUAUUAAUCCUGGGUUAGCAAGAAUGCCCCCCAGAUAAGAUCCAAAAUAUGCCUCUUCGUCCUUGCACGUCUCUGCUGUUGCCGUGAGCGUCCGAAGUAUCGCACGUCCAUCGCCAUGGCUCGUCCGGACGUUGGCCAAGUGGUGGCAUGGUAUAUCUGCACGGUCGCUGCAUGUACCUUCCUCGUGUUUCGGCUGAUCAUCCGGUGGCGACUCCUCAAAAAGCUCUAUCUCGAUGACUUCUUCGUUAUUGCCGCCGCGUUGUGUCUGAUCGGUGACUUGGGCAUUCAGCACUACAUGUUCACCCAGGGCAUGUCAGAGAUGGCCAAGACAACCACGGCCGAAAAGAUCAACAUGCAGAAGUUGAUCAUUCCCGGGUCCACCUUGUAUGUCACCUCGCUCUGGCUUAUCAAGGCCAGUAUGGUGCUGUUCUACAAGCGCCUGGCCGAUCGCACCAAGUAUCAGACCAUCUAUAACAUCACCCUGGGUGUCCUGGCCGCUGCCUGGCUGGUGCUGUUCUUCGACAUCGUCUUCAAGUGCUAUCCGCCAGAUCGCCAAUGGAAGAGCAUUGAGAAUCCGGAUUUGACGUGUUCGGCGAAGCAGUCGACGAUUAACUACUGGUUGACGAUCCUAUUCAACAUCUUCAGUGAUGUCUUCAUCAUCUGUCUUCCUAUCUCUCAGGUAGCCCGUCUCAAGAUGCCGAGAAAGCAAAAGCUCGGUGUAAUUUCCGUCUUUCUGCUGGGUGUCAUCGUCGUCAUCACUAGCAUUAUCCGUGCUAUCUACUCGCACUUGGGCGAGCAGAUGAUCACUUGCACGGUCUCCAUGAUCGAAACUGCCAUUGCAAUCAUCGCAUCGUGCCUCCCUGUCCUACGCGCGCUGAUCUUCGGUUCCCACUCACGCACCGGCACGUACAGCGGCCGUCGAGGAUACGAGCUGUCCAACUCCGGAGCUGCGGGAUUGGCCAGCAAGCAGCAUACCACCGUGUCCGUAUCGCGCGGGGGGCCAGACGAGCUGUCGCGGCAUGACUCGGAAGAUGAGCUGGUUAAGGAGAAUAUGUCGGCCGAAGAUCCCACUGCGGGCAUCUCGGUGACACGGGAGUAUUUCGUACAUGAGGGCGCAAUGGAACGGCAGAGCAUGCGGUAGAUAACAAACCGGAAGCGUCAGCAUCCGCUUAUACUAUAGGGCUUGGAUUAAUC